CCACAGCCAAGCUUUGGGCUGUUGUUCGACAUUGAUGGCGUGCUUGUCCGUGGGAGGAUGCCAAUCCCUGCUGCAAAAAAGUCGUUCGAGAAGUUGGUCGACUCUCAGGGACAAUUUGUGGUGCCAGUUGUUUUUGUCACAAAUGCAGGGAAUUGCCUCCGACAAACAAAAGCAGACCAGCUCUCUCACAUCCUGGGAGUGCCUAUUACACAAGAUCAAGUCAUCAUGUCCCACAGUCCCCUGAGGAUGUUUAAGAAGUUUCAUGAUAAGUGUGUGCUGGUGUCAGGACAGGGACCAGUCCUGGAAAUCGCUAAAAAUGUGGGCUUUAAGAAUGUUGUCAGUAUUGAUAUGCUGAGGGAAUCAUUCCCAUUGCUGGACAUGGUGGAUCACAACAGGAGACCUAAACUGCCGUCCAACCCACUUGGCAACCUUCCUAAGGUUGAAGCUGUGAUUCUGUUUGGGGAGCCAAUCCGAUGGGAGACCAACCUGCAGCUGAUAAUUGACCUCUUGUUGACCAACGGUAACCUCAGCAGCAUUCACAAAACCCAAAAGAUGUCUCACCUCCCCCUGCUGGCCUGCAACAUGGACCUCAUGUGGAUGGCUGAGGCACAUUCUCCACGGUUUGGCCAUGGGACGUUUCUUGUGUGCCUAGAAAACAUCUAUAAGAAGGUAACGGGUCAAGACCUGAAGUAUGAUGCCCUCAUGGGAAAACCCAGUGAGCUGACCUACCAUUUUGCUGAGUACCUCAUCAGAAGCCAGGCCAUGCAGAUGCAGUGGAAACAUCCCGUCACUUCACUUUAUGCUAUAGGGGAUAACCUUAUGACUGACAUCUAUGGCGCCAACCUAUACAACCGCUACCUGGAGGAGAGAGUUGCAAGAACGAACCCCAAAGCCAUUGCUAAGAUGGUGACCGCCACAGGGUCCGCCACUACCGUGCCCCAGCAGGAGGAGCUCGACAACAUGUGGGAGAGCGAGCUGGCGCUGCCCGCUGCCACCUCCUGUAAGUCUGUCCUAGUCUGCACGGGGGUCUACAACCCCAACGCAGAGGUGCCGUCUGAUGCAAAUCACUGCAUCAAAGAGACUGUGUUCCACGGGCACCGGGACUUCAGAUUUGACCCUGCACUGGUGGAGCCCGGCUACAUUGUGCAGGAUGUGGCAGAAGCUGUUGACCUCAUCUUUGAGCAGGAGAAGUUUGUGCCUCAGUAG